UUCACCGUGAGUUUCGUUUCUUCCUGAAAAAGAGAGUGUGAGAGUAAGGCCUUGAAGAAGGAAGGCAAAGUGUGAGAUCUCUCUCUCUCUCUCUGCAAAAUCGAAACCAGAAAAUGGCGAACCUGAGAGCGCCGUCGCGCCCAGGACCAGGACUUGGCCGGAGUUUGAGCUUUUCGUUCAGAGCGUUGGUCUCCGCUGUUGCUGUGGCCGUCGUCUUCUUCUUCUCGCUCUCUUUCCUCUUCACUUCUCGCACCGAAUCGUCUCAUCUGAGCCACUUUGGUUUAGGUUCGGGUUCUUAUGGAAUCGGAACUACGAGGAGGACCAUGCUGGCGCUUAAAUCAGACCCUCUCAAGCCUCGCCUUGACCAGAUCCGGAAGCAGGCUGAAGAUCACAAAGCCCUGGCGCUCACUUACGCCGUCUUUGCGAGAAAGCUCAAGCUGGAGAACUCGAAGCUCGUCAGGGUCUUUGCCGAACUCUCUCGAAGUUACAAUGAUCUCAUUAACAAGCCUUCAUAUCAAGCUUUGUUGCCAUCUGAUGCACUCUCCAUCGACGAAUCUGUGUUGCGCCAAUUCGAGAAGGAAGUGAAAGAGCGUAUCAAAGUCACUAGACAAGUAAUUUCCGAAGCCAAAGAAUCCUUUGACAACCAGCUCAAAAUUCAGAAGCUGAAGGAUACAAUUUUCCAAGUGAAUGAGAUGCUGACCAAGGCUAAGAAGCAAGGAGCUUUCUCUAGCUUAAUAGCUGCAAAAUCAAUCCCCAAAAGCUUGCAUUGCCUUGCAAUGAGAUUGAUGGAAGAGCGAAUUGCUCACCCUGAAAAGUAUUCGGAUGAAAGGAAACCGACUCCACCAGAAUUUGAGGAUCCAAAUCUGUAUCAUUAUGCUAUAUUUUCGGAUAACGUGGUUGCAGCCUCGGUGGUGGUUAAUUCUGCAGUGAAGAAUGCAAAGGAGCCAUGGAAGCAUGUGUUCCAUGUCGUGACAGAUAAGAUGAAUCUCGGGGCAAUGCAAGUUAUGUUCAAGUUGAAGGACUAUAACGGGUCACACAUUGAGGUGAAGGCGGUUGAGGAUUACAAAUUCUUGAAUUCUUCGUAUGUGCCAGUGCUUAGGCAACUAGAGUCUGCGAACUUACAAAAGUUUUAUUUUGAGAAUAAGCUUGAGAAUGCAACCAAAGACACAACCAAUAUGAAAUUCAGAAACCCCAAGUAUCUGUCUAUAUUAAACCAUCUGAGGUUUUAUUUGCCAGAAAUGUACCCAAAACUGCACAGAAUUCUGUUUUUGGAUGAUGAUAUUGUGGUCCAAAAGGACUUGACAGGGUUAUGGAAGAUUGAUAUGGAUGGAAAAGUGAAUGGGGCAGUCGAGACUUGUUUUGGGUCGUUCCAUCGAUAUGCACAAUACAUGAAUUUCUCUCACCCUCUGAUUAAGGAGAAAUUUAAUCCAAAGGCGUGUGCUUGGGCCUAUGGAAUGAACUUCUUUGAUUUGGAUGCUUGGAGAAGGGAAAAGUGCACAGAAGAGUAUCACUACUGGCAAAAUCUGAAUGAGAACCGUACCUUGUGGAAAUUGGGUACAUUGCCACCAGGUCUGAUCACAUUCUACUCUACCACAAAGCCACUGGACAAGUCAUGGCAUGUUCUGGGACUCGGCUACAAUCCCAGCAUUAGCAUGGAGGAGAUUCGCAAUGCAGCAGUUGUGCACUUCAACGGGAAUAUGAAACCUUGGCUUGAUAUUGCUAUGAACCAGUUCAAGCCACUUUGGACAAAGUACGUCGACUAUGAUUUAGAUUUUGUGCAAGCCUGCAAUUUCGGUAUCUAAACCGCAUAGUUGAAAUGUCUACAAGGAAGGUCUCCGCCCGUUCAAGUCAGUCCCACGGCAAUAUACCUAUCUCGUGGGUUCCAGAGCUAGUUGCAUGUUAUAGCCAAGCGUUAUUAUUCGCCAAUAGAGGAAUAUUUGCAUUAAUCAAGUGUAGCAUAUUUCUGUCAUAUUAAUUUUAGGCUUCUUUAUAAACAUGUUUAUAGGAGUAUAAUAAAAUGGGAGACGUUAAUUAUUUAUUAAGAUUGGUGGAUACCUAUCAUCUUCAGAAGGUGAUGAAGUCGCCUUAGGAAAUUCUUGUCAUGUAUCUUUAGGCUGUUGAACGAGUGGAAGCUGGAAUGUGUUUUCCUAAGAAGCAGGGUCUGAUAAUGUAUAAAGUUAUCUUUUUGAUCCUCAA